AUGGUACAAUUGAGUUAUCGAUGUAGCGGAAACAUAACUGUACCAAUUCUCAUCGAUCCAAUGAAGAAGGAAGUCAAUGACGGGAAUAUGAAUGAACGGAACUGGUCAUUCUCAGCAAUUGGUGUUGUGCAAGGAAUUAAUAAGAUAGUGACUGACGAACUGAUUUCAUUAUCAGAACAAGAAUUGGUGGGUUGUGAUACAGGAUAUAACAUGGGAUGCAAUGGAGGACUUAUGAACUAUGCAUUUGAGUUCAUCAUCAACAAUGGAGGCAUCGAUUCCGAUGAGGAUUACAGUGUUGUUGAUGGUACAUGUGACCAGUAUAGGAAAAAUGUCAAAGUUGUUUCUAUUGAUUCUUAUGAAGAUGUUAAUUCCUAUGAUGAGUUAGCAUUGAAAAAGGCCGUUGCAAAUCAGCCCGUGAGCGUUGCUAUUGAAGGAGGAAGAAGGGAAUUUCAACUUUAUUCAUCUGGUGUCUUCUCUGGAAGAUGUGGAACAACACUAGAUCAUGGUGUUGUGGCUGUUGAGUAUGGUACAGAAAAUGGUCAUGAUUAUUGGAUUGUGAGGAAUUCAUGGGGUGCUGAUUGGGGAGAGGAAGGAUACAUCAGAAUGGAAAGAAAUCUAGGUAACAACAGAUCAGGAAAAUGUGGAAUUGUGAUCGAGCCAUCUUAUCCCAUUAAGAGUACUGUACAAAAAUCAUAUUUUAUGACUGGCAAUUCCCGUGUCAUGUCAUGA